AUGCAAGUUGCAGUACAUCAGGAAGAUGCUGACAUUUUGCUCAAGCAAAAGAACAUUCUCAAUGAAGAUGUGGUAGAAAAGUAUAGAGUCGCUGGUCAAAUUACUCAAACUGGGUUGACCUACUUUACAUCGCUAAUCAACAACUCAUACCAUUUGGGGACUACCGCCAAGUUGACCAUCCAGCAACUAUGUCUAUUAACCGAUUCCUUCUUAGCAGACUUGUUAUCGCAGCACUACGUAAAAAAAGUUGACGAGAAAGGGAUCUCAACUCCAACUACAAUAAAUGUAAAUGAGUUACUAAAUGGAUUUGCACCCGAGAUUGAUGACGAAAGAGGAUUGUAUUUGAAUGAGGGAGAUGUUGUAACAGUCAGUUUAGGUGUUCAGAUUGACGGUUAUACUUCCAAUUUGACCCACACUUUGGUCAUUUAUCCAACAAAUUCAGAAUUAAAGCCAAAUGGGCCAUUAUUGGGCAAUAACGCUGAUGCGAUCUGCGCUACGCAUAUUGCGACUGAAGCAGUUGUUGCGCUUCUUGGGUCUUCAUUGUCGCCGGAAAAGCUUCCAAGCCAUUUGAAAACCGGAUCGAAUAUAACUGGUACCCAGAUACGUCAGCUAGUUGAUGCUGUGGCCACCUGUUUCAAUUGUGUUGUUGUACCAGGUUCAAAGAUUAGGAGAAUCAGGAGAUUCUUGGCUGGUCAAGCUGAGGGAAUAGUGGCUGAACGUGAUUUCAAGGGUGUCGUCUGGGAUGAGUCUCAUCAAGAAGCUAGUCUCUUGAAGCAAAGCUCCCCUCAAUCUUCCGAAUUGGUGGCACACGAUAACACAAAGCCGGCAUCCACGUCAAACUCCAGUGCCAUACCUACUGAUGAGUUUACUGUUGUUCCAGGAGAAGUUUAUCAUGUUGACAUUCGUAUGUGUGGAGUAAACUCGGAGGAAUUGGGAAUAGUCACGACUGAGGAAAUUGACCACUUUAGUGGUAAGAAUAGCAAACAAGACUUUAAUUCUAAAGCAUCUAUUUUCAUUCGUGAUUUUGCCAUUGUUCAUCAGUUGAAGUUGAAAACGUCGAGAAAGCUUUUAGGUGAGAUUGAUAAGUCCUUUUCCGUGUACCCAUUCAAAUUAGACUUUAUUGGCAAGUCGUUCCCUAUCAAGGUUGAUGCAAAUGAAGAUGAAAUAAAAACACAAAUAGAUCAAUUGAGAGAAGAUUUAAAGGGUUUUAGAUUGGGUGCUGCUGAAUUGAGCAAUCGCCACCUUAUACAAAGCAAGCCAAUCCAAAUUACAAAGUUCAUUCCAUUGAAAGAGAUCUUGUUAACUGCGAAUCCAACGGGAAAGCAUGGUAUCGACGCUGGUAAGCCAGUCCUACCAGGCAUGGAGAUCCCUUUGCCACAAUUGAAUAUAUCGUCAAUCAAGUUGAAGUCGUUGUUGAAGAAGGGCCACAACAUAUCCAACGUGCGGGAAGCCACAACCGUGUUAAUCAAUGACCAAACCCAAGAGGUUUUGAGAUUGAAUGGAGGUGAAACAACGGCAAGAGUGAAUUGGAUACAUUCGCAAUACAAGUUGUCCAACGAAGUGAACGAAAUUAUCACCCACUUGGUUCAAUUGACCAAAGAUAAACGUUUUGGUAUCAAGGUGAAGGAGGUUGGUCCCUACAAAUUGACGCAACAAAGCUUAGGGGUAGAAUCUAUGCAAAUGGACUGA